GCGCGGGCGUCUCGGAGCUGCAAGGGGCGCCGCGACGGUCUCCGCGCACCCGCGCUGGGGCUGGCGUUGGCGCUGGAGGGUGGCCCCGAGUGCUGGUCGCUUGCUGGCGCCGUGACGUCUCCUUGGUGCCUGUGGAGGGGCCCUGCGGCCGCUUGCAAGAGAAGCAGCAGCUGCGAGGCCAGGGGGACCCCAGGACUCCCGCAGCUGCCACCAGAUGGCAUUUAAUAAUCACUUCUGUUUGGACUACCCUGGAAACCCCUACCCAGGGGACUUGAUUGAAGUGUUCCGUCCUGGCUAUCAGCACUGGGCGCUGUACUUGGGUGAUGGUUAUGUUAUCAACAUAGCGCCUAUAGAUGGCAUUCCUGCAUCAUUUACAAGUGCCAAGUCUAUAUUCAGCACAAAGGCCAUGGUGAAGAUGCAGCUUUUGAAGGAUGUUGUUGGGAAUGACACAUAUAGAAUAAAUAAUAAAUAUGAUGAAACAUAUCCCCCUCUUCCCGUGGAAGAAGUCAUGCAACGGUCAGAGUUUGUUAUUGGACAGGAGGUGGCGUAUGACUUAUUCGUCAACAACUGUGAGCAUUUUGUGACUUUGCUUCGCUAUGGAGAAGGAGUUUCAGAGCAGGGCAACCGAGCAAUAAGUACCAUUGGGUUUGUGACAGCUGCUGCCGCCGCCUUCUCAUUCCUGGGCUUGUUUCCAAAUAGACAAAGAGCAAAAUACUGUUAACAAUUUACUGAAGAGAUAUUGGAAUUGAAAGAAUUGGUGAGGAGGAAAAAAAUACCUGGGCUGAAUACUUAUUUUCAAUGCAUCAUUAUUGUUCCAGAUUUCAAUGAUGGAUGGCAGACUCUUUAAUAAAUUGCUUACUGAUAUUAUCUUA